CUGUAUAAAUAUUCUGUCACCUAUGGAUAUUGUGUUACUUUGAAGCAAAAUGCGUUAUUUGAUCUUGUUAUUUUUUACUGGUUCCCUUUCUAUGGACACAGAAGAAACAUUGGUUACGAUUAGGAGAAUUGUCGAUGAAAUGAAAAUUAAGAAAAUAAUUCCGCAAUGGAUUGCUGAAAAAUAUGACAUGAAGCCUACUGAACCAUUCCACUGUUUUACCUUGGAAGAACCAUUGCUUGUCGAUGAUCAAAUUAAUCGACUUAAAAGUUACCCCAGUAAAAUCAGUGAUAAAUCUCUUCGUUUGAAAUUGAAAACAUUUUUCGAUACAGUCUAUAAAUUUUCAUCGAUGAUGUCCACACUAAAGCCGGUAGUAGAAAAUAUCAAAAAUUGUUGCCAAUUAUACCGAACGAAGCAAAAGGAAUUCUUAAAUACAGUAGAAUCAGUUUUUGAAAAACUGAGAAAGAGUGUAAGGAUACAACCAUUUGAAUCGAAGCUAUUGAACCAAUUUAUCAGCAUAUCAAAUGCGGCCAGUCGUUUUAACCAACUAUUCAAUAGCUAUUCGCCAGAGAUCAACGAUGUUAUAACCAAAAUUGACCAAAUAAGUUCAUCGACAUCAAGUGAUAAGCCCAAACAUAUCGCAGAAUUAAAUUCAAUCGUUGAUAAUUUUGUGCGAGACGGUUGCCCAAAAGUAAUUAAUAUUCUUAAUGGUGAUGUCAUUAAGAUUUUAGGUGCUAAAUGUCCCGAUAUCAAAGGUUUCUACGCUGGCUUAUGAAUGAUUUUUAAUUAAAUUUAUUUCAUAUUUGAAUAUGUAUAGAUUUUUGGCAUUGACUUGAAAUAUAACACAUAUUAUAUAGUAUAAUAUA